AUGAAUCUAACAUGUACACCUAACUUCAACUACUUUGAUUCUCCUCAAUUUCUAUCCAUAGGAAUGCAUAUUGCUUCUGUAGUUGUUACACCAUUCCACCUACUUGGCCUAUACUGCAUCAUAUACAAAACUCCGUUGCAAAUGAAAGCUGUUAAGUGGUACCUGCUAAACAUGCACUGUUCAGUAAUGUUUUUUGACUAUUCUGUAACAGUGCUAGGUAUUCCGUUUGUGUUGGCUACUAAGUUAGCGGGGUUUUCACUUGGAUUGCUGCAAUACUCGAAUUACUCAUUUCUUUUGUCGGUUGCAGUUAUGGCGUUGUCUUGUCAGUUUCUCACCAUAUCAAUCGCUGGCAUAUUUGAAAACCGAUUUAAUACCUUUUGCAAUUUUUUCUGGGUGCCGUUUUGGAAGAAGUUUAUUUCACCAUUGUUUCUACCCUAUCAAUAUAUAGUUUACCCAUCACUACUGUCAAGUGGGUUGUUAUUUAUACCGGAUCAGGAAACGGCAUUGAAGGCAAUGUUUAAGACCCUCCCCUGCCUACCCAGCGAGAUCUACGAAGCAGACAUAUAUGUGAUAGUUGAAGACAUGACCCUUCACGCAAUAAUGAUCUCUAUCGGUGUAUCAGGAGUCCUUAUCCAAGUGGUAUUUUUUGUCGGCUCACUGUUAUAUAGUAGUUUGGAGCAGUUGAGAGCAAGGACAAUGUCACAGAAGACGUUCCAGAUGCAGAAGCAGUUCCUCAUCGCUGUGAUUCUACAAAGUUCAGUCCCCUUGGUUUGCUUUGCAAUUCCAAUUAUCUAUUUUUUAAUUGCAUAUUUAAAAAACUAUUAUAAUCAGGGAAUUAUCAACUGUCUAUUUAUAAAUACGUCGACUCAUGGCCUGAUCUCUGCCAUAGCCCUGGUGACCCUUCACAAGCCGUAUCGGGCGGCGGUGUUGGUGAUGAUUGCCAAAACACCGGAGCUGAGAAUCGGGCCGAAAAUAUCGCAAUUAUCAAAUUUAUCUAGAUCGGGAGUUGUUAUAUUGUAA